GUUGGGCUUCGAAGAAUGAUCCAUCCCCCGCGCCGUGCCAUGCCGCCGCGGUUGGCACAACGAACGCUUCGCGACCAUGAAUGAAGAGCCGCUGGAACGACGGCCACGGAAAGAACGACGCGACGGUCGAUGGAAAUGUCAACUUCGUUGCGGCCUGGUAGCGGCGGCGCUGCUCGUGAUUUUGGUCAACUGCCCGGGACUCGCCUCAGUGUGGCCAUGGAACGAAGAUAUCAAGAACUACCUGGACCUAAUGCAGGUCACCCAAGAAGAAGCAGGGAUGCUCUUUGGCCUCACGCAGAACGGCAAGGUCUUCUUUCAUGCCAAGGCCGAUGGCACCGUCUUCGUGCAGUUGCGCGGGGAUCCUUGCGGUGGCGUUUGGGGCAAACCCAUUGACCUGGACGCCUCGUCUCGGGCCAUUUGGGUAGUUUGCAAGAAAGAAUACAUGACAGACAGUGGCCCACGCGUGGAACACUUCCUCUUCGCCAAGUGGGGUUGGUCUUCCAGCAACAACCACGUGUGGUGGCACAUGAUGCGAGGUGGUAACGUCGUGCAAAUGGACGCCGAUGAUGAUGCUAUGUGGGGCCUGGAUGGCCACGGAAGUAUUUUGUGGCGCCCUGCAGGGGAUGUGGGGAAACACAGCAGGUGGCUACGACUCGAUGGUCCCGCUGGGGUGGAGCUUAAACUCAUCGCUGCAGACAACGAUGAGGCUGGUUCCUGGAUCUGGUGUAUUGACAAGGCGGAUCGCCUUUGGCGGAGAGCACCGGGGGAUUACCAAAGCUCAACGGGGCUCUGGACGGAACGAGACGAUAAUGGCUUGCCAUUCUGGCCCAAGCCUGACGGAUCUCUGCUGAAAGAUUUGAAGGCAGACUUAGGCUGGGCCCUGGCCAUUGAUGAUCGCGGGAAUUUACUGCGACGACGCAUCAAUGGCACCUGUUGUCA